AUGUCUUCGAAGCAAGGAGGAAAAGCGAAACCUUUGAAGCAGCCUAAAGCUGAUAAGAAGGAAUACGACGAGCACGAUAUGGCUAACAUUCAGAAGAAGAAAGACGAGGAGAAGGCACUUAAAGAACUAAGAGCCAAGGCAUCGCAGAAGGGAUCCUUUGGAGGUUCUGGACUUAAGAAGAGCGGCAAGAAAUGA